UGCUGAUCCAGGUGCUUCUCCGUUGAACUGGAGUGCAGACAGGAGACUGAGCUCCUAUCUACAGCUGCUCACACAGAUUGUGCACCAAAGUCACUGAGGAUUGUUUGUGUUUUCUCUUUAUGGAGACUUGAUACAUUCUUCCUGUCUGGAAAAAUUCUUCAGUCAGUCUUGAUUUCAGUGCAGAUUCAUGGUCUCAGAAUGAAUUGGGAUAAGCUCUACACCGUGUUGAAGCGUGUCAGGAACAACUCCACCAGUUUGGGGAAGAUCUGGUUGUCUGUUCUUUUCAUCUUCCGCGUUGCCAUCCUGAUUCUGGCAGCAGAGAAAGUUUGGGGAGACGAGCAGUCUGACUUCACCUGCAACACACAGCAGCCUGGAUGCAAAAAUGUCUGCUAUGACCACUUCUUUCCUGUGUCGCACAUCCGCCUGUGGUGCCUGCAGCUCAUCUUUGUCUCCACACCAGCCUUGCUGGUAACCAUGCAUGUCAUCUUCAAACAACGUAAGGAUGGGAAGAGCGAGCAGUCCUCUGAGAAUUCAGAGCCUAAGGAGCAGAAGGAGAAGAAGAAGCAGAAGAAGCAGAAGAAGCAGCGUCUAUCCAUCACAGGCUCUCUAUGGUGGACCUAUACCUGGAGUAUUCUCUUCAGGCUCAUUUUUGAAGGUGUUUUCAUCUAUGUAUUGUUCCUCAUCUAUGAUGGCCUCUAUAUGCCCCGGCUUGUGAAGUGUGAACAGUGGCCUUGUCCUAACACGGUGGACUGCUUCAUCUCCAGGCCAACAGAAAAGACUGUCUUCACCAUCUUCAUGGUGGCCUCAUCGGCCAUCUGCAUGAUGCUGAACGUGGCUGAACUUUUCUACCUCAUCCAUAAGAAGCUCACUGAGUCUUCAAUGAACUCAAACGAACUCCAGGAUAACAAGAUAAACGAGGAGCGGGAGAAGAAGGAGCUACUGCAUUCUCCAAGUCUUUGGAGCUUCUAUCAAGCCAAAGUGCCUAAAUCCUGGCCGAUGACAACACAUCUCUAACUCACUCAUCUCUCAUUGAACUCUGCCAGGCUGGUUACUCCUUCAUCGGACGACCUCGGCCAUCGAUGGGUUGAUGGGUCGAUGCAUGAAAAUGCUCUGUGCUACUGCUACUGGACUUGACCGCAGCCUUUGACCAUUAUGUCCUCCUGGACAGGCUAAAAAAUUGGGUUGGGGUAUAUGGUUCCGCUUUAAACUGGUUCUCCUCUUAUCUGACUGGUAGAUCUUUUUCAGUUGUUUUUACAAAGUUUAAGUCCUCUUCUGCAUCCCUCACUUCUGGUGUCCCACAAGGCUGAGUUUUGGGACCUUUAUUGUUCAUUUUAUAUCUAUUGCC